AUGAAAGGUUUCCUUCCUCUAGUACUUGCCGUUGACACUCCAGGGGAUACAGCAGUAAGCGUCUGUACUGACUUUUCAGAAGUGGUUCUUGCCGUUUUCAGUUGCCCUUUUGUGGGAGUUCUAGUCGGCCCUCGUCUAGACGACAUCGUUGGAGGCGUUCUAGACGGAACUCGUCUAGACGACACUGUUGGAGGAGUUCUAGUCGAGGCUCGUCUUGAAGACAUCGUUGGAGGUGUUCUAGACGGCACUCGUCUUGCCGACACGGUUGGAGGCGUUCUAGCUGGUACUGGCCUUGACGACCUUAUGGGUGUUCUAGAAGAUGAUCGCUUUGACAAUUGCUGCUCCGAAGAAACCGCUCUUUGUGAUCUUUGCGAUUCCGUUGUGAUAGUCCUUCCUUUGGAGGGAAGAGCCACCAUAUUGCUGGUCUCCUUAGGUUUCACUUUCACGGGUAGCGACCGUUUGGAACCGGUUCUGAAAAUAGCACUGAUGUGUGAAUUACGCUUACGAAUCAAGAGAUGUGAUAUUCUAUUAACUCUCACAGUUGUGCUGAUUCACCGGCAAACUUGA